GGGAUACAUUGUUGUGACAAGUAGAUAGAAGCUUCAUUCCUGUCGACGUGAUUAUGUACGUAGUGCGAAAUUAAAAUAGAAACGAAACAUGGACGGAGAUAACAAUCGUCCUGAACAGAAAGGCUAUCAUGGCUAUCGCUCACGGGAUGACCGAAACGAGCGAGACAGAUCCGGCCGCGAACAAGGCGGACGAUAUGAAAGAUCAGAUCGACCAUCGUAUGGCUCGUCCUCUCAGGGUCAGAGUUCACGAAAUCCUUUUGUCGGAGGUGGAAAUGGAGGAGGAUAUGAGGAUGGCGGUCGCGAUCGUUACGGUGGUAACAAUGGUGGCAGUCGUGGUGACCGCUAUGGCGGAGAUCGCGGUGGGAACCGUUACAGUGGAAACGGUGGAAGCCAAAGUUACUCAGGUGGUAGUGGCGGCGGUCGUGAUCGGUAUGGUGGAAAUAGUAGAGGACGUGAUCAGUACGGUGGAGGCGAUUCAUACGGCGGAGGAAAUGGAAAUGGAAAUGGUGGAAGUUAUGGCUAUGGAAGAGGUAACAACCAAGGAUAUGGUGGUGGCGGACAAAGACAAGGAUCAUAUGUAAGUGAAGACAGACGAAGUGGAUCUGGUGGAUCUGGCGGAACACACGGAUCUGGGGGAACGCACGGAUCUGGCGGAACACACGGAUCUGGAGGAUCGCCUUAUGAUGCAGGUCCGAGAAAAAGACCAAUGGAUGACGAUGCCAGAAUGGGGCAUUCUCCGAUGGAUCAAGAUCGUCCUAAUAAAAGACACCAAACUGAAGCAGGAGCAGGUCCAUCUCGUGCUAGUGGACGUAGACCCCCAGGCGAGAAAAGAGACGGAGAAAAGCGAGAUCGUUACGCGAUAAUAAGAACAAGGCCAAAUGAUGCACCUCAAAAGCAGGGCAGUUCCGGUGAACCGAUACGACUAAGGGCCAAUUACUUUGAAUUGAUACAACGGCCGAACUAUGAAAUGGUUAUGUAUCGUGUUGACUUCGAACCGGAAGUUGAGUUGGCGCCUGUACGAAAAUACUUGAUGUACACGCAACGAGAGCUCUUUGGCGCUUACUUAUACGACACAAAAAAUUCCGUUUAUCUAACACAUCGGCUACCUCACGAUAUACUAACGGUCGAAACGACAGAUCGAGAAAAAAAUCCAUACAAAGUGACAAUUAAAUUCGGCACCAUCGUCUCAAUGGAUACAAGAGAAAGUCUGCAGGUCUUAAAUUUAAUUCUACGGCGGGCAAUGGAAGGGCUCGAUUUACAACUGAUCGGACGGAAUUUAUUCGAUCCUAAAGGCUUGGUCAAUUACAACAAUUUCCAUAUUCAGUUGUGGCCGGGCUACACAACGUCCAUACGGCAACAUGAGGAAAGUGUGCUACUUUGCGCUGAAAUAACGUCUAAGGUUAUGCGCAAUGAAACCAUUUACGAUAUUCUGGUACAAUGCCGUCGUGACAAUGACUAUAAAACGCAAUUUAACAAUGAAGUUCUUGGCCUGAUAGUCUUGACUGAUUACAACAACAAAACGUACAAAGUCGACGAUGUCGAUUACAGUGCAUCGCCAUCGGAUACAUUCGAAAGAAAAAAUGGUCCGAUCUCAUAUGUGCAAUACUACCAAGAAAAAUAUGGCAUCAAGAUCAAAAACCAUACCCAGCCGAUGCUGAUAACUCGAUCAACGGAUCGUCAGCGACGUGGUGGCGAGCAAGAAACCAUUUCAUUGAUCCCAGAACUAUGUCGCCCAACUGGUCUUACCGAACAGCAAAAGAACAAUUUUCAAUUGAUGAAAGCUAUCGCUGACCAAACACGCAUGGAUCCGCGGAAACGAAUGAAUGCGCUCGGUCGAUUCAACCAGCGGCUUCAGACCACACCUGCCAGUCAAGAUAUACUGCGAGCCUGGAAUAUGGAUUUGGAUCGCCAAUUGAUCAGCCUUGAUGGUCGCAAAUUGAAAAACGAAAAUAUCAUUUACGGCAAUGACGAAAAAGACCUCACCGGACCUUUUUCAGAUUGGCAAAAUGCAUUCAAAACUAAAUCAAUGUUUCUCUCCUAUCCGUUGCGCAAUUGGGCCAUUAUUGUGCCGGGUAAAAUGAGAGGUCAGGUCAAUGGCUUUUUACAAAUGAUUAAGAGAGCGUCCAGUCAAAUGCGAUUCGAUGUUAGCGACCCUCAAUCGUAUGACGUUGAUGACCGACUUCAGUCUUAUGGCCAAGCAUUUGAAAAUGCCAACAAUCGUAACCCGCAACUAGUGAUGGCAUUCGUCAACAACAAUAAUGCUGACAAGUAUGCGUCCAUCAAGAAAUUGGGUUGCUGUACGUAUGGAACGCCAACGCAAAUUAUUGUGCAAAAAACGUUGAACAACAAGAGUUUGAUGUCAAUCGCCACCAAAGUGGCCAUCCAACUAAAUUGCAAACUGGGCGGCACACCGUGGUUGGUUUCCAUACCAACGAAAGGUCUGAUGACUGUUGGCAUCGACGUGUCACGAGACUCCAAAGACUCCCAAGUUUCAUGGGGAGCUCUGGUGGCUUCAACGGACCUAACAAGUGUUACCAAAGAAUCGUUUUUCUCAUGCGUAAGCCGCCACACAAAUCAAAAUGAUUUCACCACGCAAUUGGCGGUUGACAUGACCAGAGCGUUGAAAGCGUUCUAUGAGCAUAAUGGCGCAUAUCCAAGCAAAAUUGUUUUAUAUCGCGAUGGGGUCGGAGACGGCCAAUUGGAAUAUGUUUACCACACGGAAUUGGCUGAAAUAAAAUCCCGUCUGGAGCAAAUGUAUGCCGAAAACAGUGCCGUGCUGAAGUUCGUGUUCAUCAUUGUGUCCAAAAAAGUGAAUACCCGCAUUUUCGGAACAGAUGAGAGAAAUCCACCAUCCGGCACCGUGGUCGACACAAAAAUCACUUUGCCAGAAAGACAAGACUUUUACCUGAUCUCGCAGACGGUGCGCCAAGGCACGGUCUCACCCACAGCAUACAAUGUGAUUUAUGAUUCGCUGCGACUACCUGCUGAUAGAUUGCAGCAGCUGACAUAUAAGCAAUGUCAUCUUUACUACAAUUGGGCCGGUACUGUGCGUGUGCCGGCGGUGUGUCAAUGUGCACACAAGCUGUCGUUCUUAGUGGCGCAAUUUUUACAUCAAGAGCCGCUAGCAGAGCUUGAGCGCAAGCUAUACUUUUUGUAAAAAGGAAACCACCGUGUCUACCACAAACGCAUUUUCUUUUGUAAAUUUUUCGCUUUACUAUCGGAAAAAUGCGUUGUAAAUGAAGCACACUUAAAAACAAACGCGAAUAUUGUUUGUUGUCAGCCAUGAAUGGAGAUUGACUGGAAUCUCAAUUUUUUUUUCUACCAGAAGAACUUUUUAUUUGAAGAAAAGACAUAGAAAAUUUUAUUUUUCUUGUAAUGAAUUAAUGAAAAACUGUUACACUUUAAGAAACAUUAAAUUUAAACAAACUGAAAUAAAAAGAAUUUUUUAAUGUUUUUUAUGACAGAGU